GUGACCGAAGAAAAUGUUGAGGUGCCAAGCAGCGAGACUUGCCGGAGGACGGGUGCGGGGGCUCGGGGUUCCUCGGAGCAACGCCUGUGUCACCAUUGCUAGGAAGAUGGUCCAGGAGCGCUCGGCUGUGUGAGUCCCCGCUCGAAGCCGGUGGAGACUGCGGUUGUUAUUGAUCAAGUGAAAUAGCAGACGCCGAAAUAAAAGAUACUAGAAAUGAUGUGUGAAGUGAUGCCAACGAUAAAUGAGGACACCCCGAUGAGUCAACGGGGGUCCCAAAGCAGUGGCUCGGACUCGGAUUCUCAUUUUGAGCAGCUGAUGGUGAACAUGCUGGAUGAAAGGGAUCGUCUCCUUGAUACCCUUCGGGAGACACAGGAAAGCUUGUCACUUGCACAGCAACGCCUACAGGAUGUCAUCUACGACAGAGAUUCCCUCCAGCGACAGCUGAACUCAGCACUGCCUCAGAUGACGGUUGCUGCUGGUACGAGCAUUGAGAAUAACAUUCAAAGGACCAUAUCCUGCCCUAAUGAAUUUGCUGCACUGACAAAAGAAUUAAAUGCAUGCAGGGAACAGCUGCUUGAAAAAGAGGAAGAGAUUUCAGAACUAAAAGCUGAAAGAAACAACACAAGACUGUUACUGGAGCAUUUGGAGUGCCUUGUCUCAAGACACGAAAGGUCCCUGAGGAUGACAGUGGUGAAACGGCAAGCACAGUCUCCCUCAGGGGUUUCCAGUGAAGUUGAGGUCCUCAAAGCUCUGAAAUCUCUGUUUGAGCACCACAAGGCUUUGGAUGAAAAGGUAAGGGAACGACUGAGGGUUUCUUUAGAAAGAGUCUCUGCACUGGAAGAAGAACUAGCUGCUGCUAACCAGGAGAUUGUAGCUUUGCGUGAACAAAAUGCACACAUUCAAAGGAAAAUGGCAGCUGGGGAAGGGUCUGCUGAAUCAGAGCAUAUUGAAGGAAUGGAGCCAGGGCAAAAGGUUCAUGAAAAGCGCCUAUCAAAUGGCUCAAUAGACUCAAAUGAUGAAGCCAGUCAAGUUGUUGAACUUCAGGAGCUAUUGGAAAAGCAAAACUAUGAAAUGGCACAGAUGAAGGAGCGUUUGGCUGCACUGUCUUCUCGGGUGGGAGAGGUAGAGCAGGAAGCAGAGACUACGAGAAAGGAGCUCAUUAAAACAGAGGAAAUGAACAGUAAAUAUCAGAGAGACAUUAGAGAGGCAAUGGCACAAAAGGAAGAUAUGGAGGAAAGAAUUACUACGCUGGAGAAGCGCUACCUCAGUGCUCAGAGAGAAUCCACCUCCAUCCACGACAUGAAUGAUAAGCUAGAAAAUGAACUGGCAAACAAGGAAGCCAUCCUGCGUCAGUUGGAAGACAAAAACAGACAGCUGCAAGAGCGCCUUGAGCUGGCUGAGCAGAAGCUGCAGCAGACGAUGAGGAAAGCUGAAACCCUACCUGAAGUGGAGGCUGAACUGGCUCAGAGAAUUGCAGCUUUGACUAAGGCAGAAGAAAGGCAUGGAAACAUUGAGGAACGUAUGAGACACUUAGAAGCUCAACUUGAAGAGAAGAAUCAGGAACUUCAAAGAGCAAGGCAAAGAGAAAAAAUGAAUGAGGAGCACAACAAAAGAUUAUCGGAUACUGUAGACAGACUUUUGACAGAAUCCAAUGAGCGUCUGCAACUACACUUAAAAGAGAGAAUGGCAGCACUCGAAGAAAAGAAUGUUUUGAUUCAAGAAUCUGAAAGUUUCAGGAAAAAUCUAGAAGAGUCCUUACAUGAUAAGGAAAGGCUUGCUGAAGAAAUUGAGAAGCUGCGGUCUGAACUGGAUCAAAUGAAACUGAGGGCUGGUUCUUUAAUUGAACCCACCUUGUCAAGACCUCAUCUGGACACAUCAACAGAGCUGAGGUACUCAGUGGGCUCACUAGUUGAUAGUCAGUCUGACUAUCGGUCAACUAAAGUGAUAAGGCGACCUAGAAGAGGCCGGAUGGGAGUACGCAGAGAUGAACCAAAGGUAAAAUCACUUGGUGAUCAUGAGUGGAAUAGGACGCAGCAGAUGGGUGUUCUGAGCAGUCAUCCGUUUGAGAGCGACACGGAGAUGUCAGACAUCGAUGAUGAUGAUAGAGAAACACUGUUCAGCUCCAUGGACCUGCUGUCACCAAGCGGCCAUUCCGAUGCCCAGACUCUGGCCAUGAUGCUUCAGGAGCAGCUAGAUGCAAUCAAUAAAGAAAUCAGGCUAAUCCAAGAAGAGAAAGAGUCGACAGAAUUGCGUGCUGAAGAGAUAGAGAACAGAGUGGCUAGUGUGAGUCUGGAAGGCUUAAAUCUAGCCAGAGUCCACCAAGGUACCUCCAUUACUGGCUCAGUGACAGCAUCAUCACUUGCAAGCUCAUCUCCUCCCAGUGGACACUCGACUCCCAAACUCACCCCUCGCAGUCCAGCCAGGGAGAUGGACAGAAUGGGGGUUAUGACGCUGCCAAGCGACCUAAGGAAGCAUCGGAGAAAGAUUGCAGUAGUUGAAGAAGAUGGGCGUGAAGAUAAAGCCACAAUCAAAUGUGAAACUUCUCCUCCUCCAACACCCAGAGCUAUCAGGAUGACUCAUACCCUUCCUUCUUCAUACCACAAUGAUGCCAGAAGUAGUUUGCCUGCUUCACUGGAGCCAGAAAGCAUUGGUCUUGGCAGUGUCAGCAGCAGUCAGGACUCCCUGCACAAAGCUCCCAAAAAGAAAGGAAUCAAGUCUUCAAUAGGACGAUUGUUUGGUAAAAAAGAGAAGGCUCGACUUGGACAGCUCAGAGGUUACAUGGAAACGGAGGCAGCAGCUCAGGAAUCUCUGGGAUUAGGCAAACUCGGAACACAAGCAGAAAAGGACAGAAGACUAAAGAAAAAACAUGAACUUCUGGAAGAGGCUCGGAGAAAAGGUUUGCCUUUUGCACAGUGGGAUGGACCAACCGUGGUUGCCUGGCUGGAGCUCUGGCUAGGGAUGCCAGCCUGGUAUGUCGCUGCCUGCCGUGCCAACGUGAAGAGUGGAGCUAUCAUGUCUGCCUUGUCUGAUACUGAGAUUCAAAGAGAAAUUGGAAUCAGCAAUCCCCUUCAUCGCCUAAAACUCCGGCUAGCAAUCCAGGAGAUGGUAUCGCUGACAAGUCCAUCAGCACCUCCAACGUCCAGAACACCCUCAGGCAAUGUUUGGGUGACCCAUGAAGAAAUGGAAAAUCUUGCUGCUCCAGCUAAAACGAAAGAGUCUGAAGAAGGCAGUUGGGCUCAGACCCUGGCUUAUGGUGAUAUGAACCAUGAAUGGAUAGGUAAUGAAUGGCUCCCCAGUCUGGGCUUACCUCAGUACCGAAGUUAUUUUAUGGAAUGCCUGGUAGAUGCGAGGAUGUUAGACCACCUGACAAAGAAAGAUCUGCGUGUGCACCUAAAAAUGGUGGAUAGUUUUCAUCGAACAAGCUUGCAAUAUGGAAUCAUGUGUUUAAAGAGGUUGAAUUAUGAUAGAAAAGAACUGGAAAAGCGAAGAGAAAUGAGUCAGCAUGAAAUAAAAGAUGUGCUGGUAUGGAGCAAUGAUCGAGUCAUACGCUGGAUACAAGCCAUUGGCCUCCGAGAAUAUGCAAAUAAUAUUCUAGAAAGUGGUGUACAUGGCUCACUUAUAGCACUGGAUGAAAACUUUGACUACAGCAGUUUAGCUUUAUUAUUACAGAUUCCAACACAAAACACACAGGCACGGCAGAUCCUUGAGAGAGAAUACAACAACCUUUUAGCACUAGGAACUGAAAGACGACUUGAGGAAAGCGAUGACAAGAACUUCAGGCGUGGCCCCUCCUGGCGACGGCAGUUCCCUCCACGCGAGGUUCACGGGAUCAGCAUGAUGCCAGGCGCCUCCGAAACGCUACCAGCCGGGUUCCGGCUCACCACCACAUCAGGGCAGUCGCGGAAAAUGCCCAGUGACGUUGCUUCAUCACGACUGCAGAGGUUAGACAGCUCAACAGUUCGCACAUACUCAUGCUGACAAGGCCUAGCAAAGAAGCCAGCACUGAAUUGUUGUGAGUAUUCUGUAGGGGCCAUCAUGAAAGCUCUUUGUAACUGUACACUACCCCACAUUAUCCAAGCACAAACCAGCAGGGAGCAGAGCACGUAACUAAGGAUUUGCUAGGCUGGUCACUGGGUCAUGACAACAGUCUUAAGCUCAGUCCGAAGGAUGCUACCAACCGUGUUUUGGGGAGAAGGCACAGGGAAUGAACCUACUUCAUAAGAACUUGAAAGAGAUCUGCUAGGAGCUGGAAUGGGGAGCAAUGCUAGCAAAGAAGACGAGAUUUACUUUUUUUUUUUUUAAAUCUAAUUAAAGCUAUGUCUCAAUUUGGAACAUCAGAUAGCUGCAUAAAGUUAGAACAAGACUUACCCAUACAGAAAAUCUUGAAAAUUUAUCUAUUACAGAGGUUCCUGCACUUCUCAAAUCAUUCAGAAUUGACAAAGAAAGGAUAAUC